AAGCAGUUUGAUUUUCUUUGUGUUCGGAUGUUCCUCUCGACGACGUUGAACGGAAUCGAGUGAGCAGGCACCGAGAUUGCUAGCGGAACCCUCUUUUGUGGUGACUGCACCCGUGAAAAAGAAGAGUGUGUCGCUUUUUUGUAUGAAAUUCUAGCAAAUUUGUGGUGAAGUGACGGGUUUUCCCGAAAAAGUGGUCUUGUGCAACAUUGUGUGAUGGAUUGCUCAAGUUUCGCCGCAACGGGAGAAUGACCUGCAGGCAGGAGUAAAAUAUUUUUUAAUCGCUGGCCUAGGGGUUACGGAAGAAGAAGAAGAAAUUUGAUUCAGGAAUCUGUGUGUUGCUUGUGAAAAAAUAGCUUGAACAAAAAAUAUUUUAAGCUGGUGAUUCUAAAAUUAUCACUUGAUAAGAGAAGAAUGGUAGAAUAAAAUGUAAUUGUUCGACUGAAAAGUAAAAGUUUUUGGAAAAAAUGGUGUAACUGGAGAGAGUGAAAAUUAAGUGCGCCACCGCCUACUUUUCUGCAUCUAGAGGGAGGCCCAAAAUAUCGAAAUGCUCAUCUCCAGGCCUACUGGUGCCCCUUUUUCGCAAGAAGUAAUUCAGAAGUAGCUGGAAGUGUUGAUCCUCCGUAGUUAGUUUUUGUGCAAUCACAGUAGGCAUUAUUUACAGCGCCAUUAAUGAUGGCUCCUGCUGCUAUUGAUGUUGGUUUACGCCCCAUAGAAAGCGGAUCUCCGCGAUAAGCGUUCAUUGCGUCGUGUCGGCCUCGCGGGUGAUCGGUGUGUUGUGCCUACAGAUGAAAAGCUGGUGCAGGAAGGAAGUGCAGAAUUAUUUGCAAAUAUUGAGCGAAAAUCUCUUCUCGACCAAUUAUCGAAGUGGUGGAAUGUAUUCAAAUACGACGUAAAUUUGCCAGUACGAGUGUAUAAGUUGGUUGCCAUAGUGUUGCUCCAAACACCAGUCCGCGCCGCCUCGGAUGUUUUUCUCUGUAUGGCCUGCCGACCAAUGUUUUAAGUAUCUAGUCUCCGAGCAGUGGGGAAUUUAGGAAAAAAGAAAUAAUCCCAGCUUACUAGGAUUGUACGUGAACUGCAGGUGCGAAAAUGUCCGACAAAACUGCGAAAUUCGAAAGGAUGGCCAUGACCAAGCCGGUCCCGAUGAAAUUGUUUGCCGCAUGGGAAGUCGAUCGAACACCAUCCAAUUGCAUUCCAAGAUUAUGUUCCCUGACGAUAACGCGUCUAUCGUUGCUCACACCACUGCCGCCCGAUCUCACGUCACUGUCGCUAGCAGUGAAGAUGCAGAGCUCCAAGCGCACGCUUCGGUCACACGAGAUUCCAGUUCCCCAAUCGUUGAGCACCGGUUACGGCAGUACCAUCGGCAGCAUAAGCAUGGGCGGUAAUACGCCGGGCAUCGCUGGCCAAGGAGGGCAGCUCAAUUCACCCCCUCUGCUGGAAACAGAACUUGAUCUCCAUUUCAGUCUGCAGUAUCCGCACUUUAUCAAACGGGACGGCAACAGGCUGCUGAUUUUGCUGCAGCGACGGAAGAAAUAUAAAACUCGUACUAUAUUAGGUUAUAAAACAUUAGCUGAAGGUGUGAUUCGGAUGGAUGCAGUUUUGCAGAAGUCGAUGGACAUGACGGUAGAGCUUAACGGAUCUGGAAAGGCAGGUCGUCAGGGACUUACGAUAGCUACUCUGCGUGCCACACAGGUCUCUUCCAUUCCGGUGGAUCAGGACAAUAAAAACAACAACAGUCUAUUGGUAACGGACCGGGUCAAUGAGUAUUCCGAUGAGGAUGAAGAGCAGGAGUUUAGCUCCGGAGACGAAAAUGAUGAUGGCUUAUCCGGAUAUGCAGCGAAGCGAAAUUACGCUGGAAAGCGAGACCCGUAUAAAAAAUUCGACCGCGGUGAUAACGAUGGCGAAGGGGACGAAGGCAAUUUGCUAGCAUCGAAUCAAGUUGACAGUGAUAGCGAUUUUGAUAAUAUAGGAAAAGAUAAAGGAUCUCGGGCUAAAAUGAGCCGGCAACGAAAUUUCAAACAACGCAUCAUAUCAUUACUAAAGAGGUUUAAAGUUCCUGACGAGCUGGAAGGAGACGUGCAGGAACGAGCUCAAACCCUGCGGGGCAAACGCGAUUUGGACGCAUUAUUCCAGGAACUGGAAUCAUUAUCCUGCGGCGAAGGUGAUGAUUCUGGUCAAGAUAUGGAUAGUGUGUCCAUUGGUUCUACGCCAAAGCCAUCCUUGAGGCCAUUCUUCGAGAACGCCAAGCCAACCUUGCAUCACCAGCAGUCCGCUGUUCAGCUCAGUUCUCUACAAAAAAGUACCCGAGAUUUUAUGCCUGAAAAGAAAACCAUUUUAGAGAAGCGUGACUCACUCGCCGAAAAGAAAAGCAAUGCAGUAACAAUUGCCAAUAACCUAAAUAACAGUAUGAACAACAACAAUAUCAGUAAUAACAAUCAUACUAGCAAUUUCAGUAACAGUCAAGAUCGUUCGGGUGAUUGGAAAAACGAUAGCUCUGGCAACGAGGGUGGUGCCGGAAAUACGGAUCCGGAAGCAUUGUCAUCCGAUCCGCAGAAUACGAGCAGUCCCCCGAAGGAAAAGGAGCAAACCACAGUAGAAAAGAAGACCCGAUUAUUUCGCACCACUAGCAGCACGCCCAACAGUGCCAAAAAGCAGAAACAAUCCCUUAGCUUUUCUUCGGGUGAUCAACCUAAAACUUCGCUUGAGACUUGUCUAUCGCCGACAAAUGUAGAGCCCCGAAAGUCACUUCUGGAACAACUAUCGCGCAUCUUCACCACUGAAGAAUCCCAGUUACCGGAUGUGGUGACAAUUAUUGGACCCCCAGAAGCCAGCAGCAGUUCCUUCCACACACCACGGCUAGUGUCACUCAUAUCAUCCACAUUUCGACCAACAUUUUCGCCGAACAACACUGCUGAAGUGAAAGCAAUCACCCAAGCUUUGAUGAACAAGAUUCAGAAAUAUUGCAACUCAACAGCCAAGCCACCAACGACUGUGAAAGUUUUGCUGGUGGGAGGUGACUGGCUGCAAGGUGCCGUGCUACGCCAUUAUGUCGAACUUUUGGGAAUUCGCCCACCGGACUGGGUAAACCAUAUCAGAUUCUACAUCGUACCCAUAGGUUCCUGUGGUGUGGCGCGGUACCUUAGCGUGGUUGACUCGAGUUAUUCGAAUAUGUUUGGCACAGAGAACUGGCAACAGAUUUGCGAAAGGGCGGCCAACCUCGAAAGCGCACAAUCGAAAAUAGAAUCGGCGGAGAUCAUCAGUCGGAUACAACGGUAUCUGCAUUCGUCUGGACCUUGUACUCAAGUUCCUAUUGCAGAAGCGAUGGUUAAUUACCGGGAUGAGGAUUCUUGCCAGAUAUUCGUUCCAUUCAUAAGCGAUGUAAGGAUAGGAUGCCUGGAAGGACCGCAACUUUCGUUGGACUUGGAAGAAACCAUGACGCAAAUUUCUCUGCAAAGCUCGGAUAGAAUUUUAUCAAGCUCGCCACCACAAAGUGGAAGAGCAUCGCCUCCUGCUCCGUUAACGCCGGCGCCCGUAAUGCAGCAACUUUCGAACAGUAGUAGUACUCCGCAGGAGUCAGUGGAAUUACAGGUCGAUUAUUGGCCACUAGCUCGACCCAUCUUAGAUUCGAAAGAGAAAUCCCAAGGCAAAGGUCAAGACCCGUCUGGCAAGAACAGUAUUAAAAGCACCUUCAGACAUUUGCAGGUUUGGAGAUUGCCACUUGCACCAAAUAGUGCAGAAUACGCGAACGGUUUAACUCUUAAUUUUGCUACCAAGGAGAAAAAGCAAAAAAGUGUCAUGCGGCUUGGUAAAAAGAAGGAAAAAGAUCGCGAUGCAGAAAAAGAGCAAUGCGUUGAAGGUGUUGCUAGGCUUAUUUGUUCUCCGAAACAAUCUCAUCCAGUUCCUUUAAGAGUUUACAUCGAUGGCACAGAAUGGACAGGGGUAAAGUUUUUCCAACUUUCAUCCCAGUGGCAAACACAUAUCAAAAAUUUUCCAAUUGCUUUGGUUGGUGCGCCGCUAGCUCCGGCCGAGAUGUUAACCUAGUCAGUUUCUUCAUCCACUGCGCUGGCGGCUGUUGCAAGGUCCGGUAUGAUGGCACAGGGUUCCUGCAUUGUGGCAGCCCUUGCAUCAGCACCGCCGCAGGGAUUAUCGCAGUCGUGUACCGUCGCAUCGCAAUCUUCAACUACAGGAAAGUCCGGUAAGAUUCGCUGCUCCUCCACUACGACCGCCAUUACAGGGGCUCCUAAUAUUAGUAAUAAUGUUAAUACUACGAAAGGUAGCGCAAGUGGUAGCAAAACUAUCACUCCUCGGGCUUCUUUUGGCAGUUCCACGAGGAUUUUGAGACCCCGCAGCUGGGCUGCUGCAAGCCGAUCCCGCUGCGAUUGAGCAGAUCUAAUAACUUUAACAUCAUUGAAUGUUUUAAAAAAUGCUACGCUACCGUAUAAGGCUGUUCAGUAGACAAACAUGUUGGAAGUCAAUUUUUAUGGCUACGCUCAAAAUUAUGCGAUUACUUUAGGUAUAGAGGCGUUCAGCUAGCGCGCAAUGCUGUAUUGUUAAUUUUGUACGUAUAGUCUGCAAUUCUGUUUUAGAAAGAGCAUCUUGGUUUCGUAUCUCACUGUUAUAUUUGUGAUAAUUAUAAACAUAUUAUUGUUGAAAAUUCGUGUUACGCCUAACAUCUUAUUUUCAUCGAAUUCAAAAGAUUUCCUUCGUCAAUCAAAAGUACAUAUGAUUAAUAGUUUUGCCUCGAUCCUAGAUUCAGAAAACAUGAUGUGGGUUAGCCGUACUAACAUUUAUCAAUGCUUUCCAAGGACCUUUGAAAAUUUGCACCAUUGUAACAAAUAUGCCAGCAAAAAAAAACACGUUUGCUGUCCACAAUUCUGCGAGACCAAGUGAAUCUUUUAGUGCAGUAUGUUUAUUGUUAUAACGAUUGCCUUGGUCUAUUGCAUAUAUCAAUUUCUGUUGAUACUAAUUUCCAUUUUUCUCCAAAGCCCGCUCGUUCUAAAGCGACUUAGGUGUUUUUAGAAUUCUGGCCUUGAUGGUGACCCAAAACUUUUCAAUCAGGUAAAUUCUCUGCGUGUUACGUGGGUUAACGUCUUGUAUAGAAUACAUUAAUGUCCGUAUCUGGCAUCAGCCACAUGUUAUUCAUGUUUGUGUUUUCUAUCGAAAAUCAAAGUUUUUUUCGUUUCAAAUUGGAAAAUCAUUCGAGCGAAUAGGAUUCGGAAUGUUUCAGUCGUCCGUAAACAAGUAUAAAUGUGAGCGUCUUGCUUCCGUGAAACCGCUGAACGUCGAACACGAGAACGAUGUUUACAUGAGAAGUUUCACGUUUGCUUCCUUAUGGGCUCAACACCUUCCUGCUCUCCACCAUCAGGUCAGUUGUCUCUGGUUUGCUGUCGUUGCUAUGCACCUGCUGCAUCAGAAUCUUCUUGUAUGACUUUACCAAGCGGGACAUUUUUUUAAUGAUGGUUUCCCAGGUGCUUCCGGUUUCAUUUGUAGGGUGCAGUCGUAUUUUUCACGAUGGCACACAUUACAUUUUAGCAGAUCUGCUCUUGCUCCAAUACCAUCUGAAUAAAUUGAAUAAACAAUUAAUAGAUCACGACGAAAGUCUAUCACCUUAAAAUUGUUUGUUUUGCUUUGGGUUUAGGUUAGCGUACUUCAAAAGCUCUACCAAGCUUACUUCAACAGACUUCAACAAUCUCCUCUUUCUGGAACACGUUCAAAUAAUACGAGAAAUAGUAUAAUGCUUUUAUACUACAUUUAUGAAUCAGCAUAUAUUUUUAUCUAUUGAGCUGCAUAUAUUUACUAUGUAUUAAUUAGUAAUUCUAAAUUUAUUUCUUCUACUUCAUUGCAUUUUCAAAGAUAACGGUGAGAAUUUUAUCCUCCCCCACACAAAGUUUUAUUAUUUUUGGUUGGAAUCCGAUCAAAUUCCUGUUGAUAAAAUGGAAUAACAGCUGUCCAUAUAGAUCCGUAAUGGUGCUAAUCUUGCUCCAACUAUUUUUUUAACGAAUUUAAAACUAGAGCUUUGAUUUCACAUUAUUUUUUAAAUCAGCGUUUUUCCUAGAUGUUGCAUAAGCUGCAAAAGAAGAAAAACUGCAGUAUUACAAAAUAAAAAAAAUGCAUGUUGGGAAGACAAUAAGGCUCAAUCUAAGAUAGCAUAUCUCGCCCAUAAUUCUUAGAGGUCACUUGGAGGAAAUUGUGCUGUUCAUAACUUACAAAAAAUACAAAAAUAAAAAAGAGCGACAUAUCAUUUAUAAAAUAUCAAAAAAACAAAAGAUAUAAUUCUCCGCAAAAUAUUGGUCCCCUUUCAAAAAAACUAAAUUUCAUCGAGAAUAUUUUUAGUUAGCCGCUCUGAGACCCCUACUUAGCGACAAUAGUACACGCUUACCUUAAAUUGGCCUCUAUUUUUCAAGUAGGUCCACAAAAUGUUCCAGUUCGUUAUCUUUAUUUUCGCGUCAUUGUAAUUCGUAAGACAGUAAUUGUUUUCCAGAGUUAUUUCUCCUUAUAUCGGUACCUAACUGUAAGUUUUAACAUUUUAAUGUCAUUGCAUCACUUGCAUUGCAUUAUUCAACUCUUUCUGAAACGAUCGCCUAUGUAUAUGUUAGCAAAUUCGCAUAUUUUGAUACGAGCCUAGUUGAGUUUGUUUCGAUUCGAUGAAACACAAAUUCGUUCAAUUGUGAUAUAUAUAAUAAAAAAAAUAGAUAAAAAGUGAGACGUUACAUUCAAGGCCUGUGCUGCUAAUCUUUCAAAAUUGUGGAAGCUAGUCUCUCAUAUUACAAAAAGUAAUAGAAAAUAUAAAUAAAUAAACGGAAACCAAUUUGACUGAUAGUGUUUUGAGCACGCACUGGAAGGUUAGUUAAACCAAUCUGAAAACAAUAAGAAAUGACAAAGAAGUAUAAGAAUCAUUGUGAAAUCGCCACGGUAUUGAUAAUUCAUGUUAUGUUGAGGAAAAUCGUGAAUAUUGUUCCCAAAAUGUGUCUGUACAUACUUACCAUAUCCUGUUUCUACCUUACCAGUGCUACCGUUCUGUCAUACCUACAUACUCUUAGCACUAGGAGUAGUUUCUAGUGGAAUACUUAUUCAUCGUUCAACAACAGCAUCACAGCAUUAGUUACAUUACUACUUACUGGUACGAACUACAAGCAAUGAGUCAGCUGCUUUUCUCUUUGCUAGCAAGCGUAACUAUCAAUACAUCUUACGAGUACUACUACAGUAUCCUCCUUAGCCUAUAUAACAUACCUUACAUGUAGGAACAACCCGUAUGCUCAUUAUCUAGGGCAAAUGUUAGAAUAACAUGAAAAUCAUUUCAAGUCGCCAUAAAUGCAUAGUAUUAGGAUUCAUCAAAAGCAUACACAACAUAGAACGAAAGCAUAUUUAGACAUAUGUUGUAGUAUACCACAAAGUCGUCAAAACAGCAAUGCAUAAUAUUAUAAAGAAAAUAAAUGUGAUUUUUUGUUAUUUACAGAAAAAAAAAUUAAA